GCAUCAAAGUUGGCUGCAGCAGGACCGCCAGGAGGCUACCCUCCCCAAGGCCAGCAGGGCGGCUAUCCUGGGCAGCAGCAGCCAUCAUACCAGGCGUACCCGGGUAGCCCACCUGGUGCCGGCGCUCCGGUAAGUAAGCAAAGAAUCUUCUGCUUCCGCUCCCUCGCUUGCUCUGCAUCGUCAUCACCCACGAACACCUCGCCACUUUGGACCCCGGCGCAAACAUCCUUUCACCGCAACGCCUUCUUUCCUCCUCUCUCUUCGUGCUUUGGGACCGCGCAUUCCUCGGACUCGACCCACGCUCCUGCUGCCCAUCUCUGCGCCGCCACGCCUAUCUCUCCCGACCUCGACACGCCCGCAUCCACUACUUGAUAUAUCGCCAUGGCAAACUAUCGCGGCUACCAGCCCUAUCCCAACUACGCGCCUAACGCCUACUCGCAGAGCCCUCAUCCGCCGACGAACCCCGCCAUUCCUCCGCCCUAUCCCUCUGCAUCCCAAUCGCCCUACUCGUCAGCUCCGAGUCAACCACCAUACGGAACAUCUUCUCCCUAUCCACAAGCACAGACUGGAUACAAUAGGCCGCCACCGCCGCCUCCGGGUCAGCAAUCUCAGUCACCAUAUCCAGGACAAGCGCCACAGGGCCAGCCAUCGUAUCAACAUUAUGGGCAACAGAACCAAUGGAACCAGCAACCUCAGUAUACCCAAAACCAGUGGGCCCAGCCACAACAAGGUCAAUGGGGUCAACAGAAUAGCUACGGACAGCCCGGAAAUCCGCCUAGUGGCGCUCCCCCGCCGCAAGGACAAUAUGGCGGCGGUGCUCAGCAAGCUCAGUAUGGCCAGGCUCCUCCGCAGCAGACAGGACCAGGGGAGGUCGGCGCCUAUCGUCAGCUUCUGCAGUCUUGCAUUCAGGAGAAGGGAUUACAGUUUUUCUACCCGCCAAACUCUCCGAUCAUCGAUCAGAUCGCGAACCGCGCUCCCGCUCUGGUCAGCCAAGUCAUCCAGCGCUGGCGUGUCGCCAAGGAGAUCGCAAACGACAUAGUAAAGCUUGCCCUCUACGACAUCCAUCUGUUCAUCGACGAUAGCGGUUCCAUGUCAUUUGAGGAGGGUGGUGAACGCAUCAGGGAUUUGCGCGUUAUUCUCGAGCGAGUCGCCUUUGCAGCUACCCUCUUCGACCCCGAUGGCAUCUCUAUCCGCUUCAUGAACACGGAUCUCGGUCAUGUGCGCGACAAUCAAGGCCGGUCUCUUCAGGACGGUGUCGGAACUGAAGCCCAGAUCAACCAGAUCAUGCAGGGCGUCCAGUUCAAGGGUCUCACUCCCAUGGGCACCUCGCUCAAGAACAAAGUGCUUGAUCCCAUCGUCCAGAAAGCAUCUUCCGGCCAGCUCAGGAAGCCGGCACUUGUCAUCACCAUUACAGACGGUCAGCCCGCCGGCGAACCUCCGAAUGCCGUCUUCGAUGCUAUCAAGAAUGCAUUCAAAGCCCUGAAGGAAUUCCCUUGCACAAAGGGCGCAUUAGCGCUUGAGUUUGCCCAAGUUGGGAAUGACGAGAUGGCGAGGAAGUUCCUCAGCAAGCUCGAUGAGGACCCAGGCGUGGGUCCGAUGGUUGAUUGCACGAGCAACUUCGAGAACGAGCAAGACGAAAUGUCGCGCGCCAAUCCGCCCGUCGAUCUCACUCCGGACCUCUGGAUGGUCAAGUUGCUUCUGGGAGCUAUCGACGCCAGUUACGAUUCGAAAGAUGAAAAGACCAAUCGGCCGGCUGGGGUUCCCGCAUACACGCCCCCUGGUGGUGGGUUCGGCGCGCCGCCGGGGUACGGGCAACAACAGCAGCCAUAUGCUCCACAAGGUUACGGACAGGCCCCGCCCGGACACGGGCAAUCUCAAGGUUACGGACAGCAGCCUCAGGGUUACGGCCAGCCUCCCCAGCAAGGCUACGGCGGCCCUCCACAACAAGGCUAUGGGCAACAGCCACCUUAUCCCGGCGCACAGCAGCAGCAACGUCCGCCCCAGGGAGGCUAUCCUGGGCAGCCCCAAUACGGGGCCCCUCCGCCUGGCGGGCGGUAUUAAAUUGACUCAGAACUCAUGGCUUCAAGUCAAUUGCGACGAGAUACGUGAUGGCGGAUGGGCAAAAUGGGUACUUCAGGUUGCGGGACUCUCUUCUCGUGAUUGAUAAGGGUUCAAGGACUUGACGAGUUUCUUCUAAGUUUCCUCAUUCAGACUGGGUGGUCUGUACCAGGG